AUGUUGCCUCAAAGGAUGCUCAGAUUUGAUGUAGCAAGACGAAGUUCAAAGAUUUUACUGACACUUGGUAUUGGUAUUAUUUUGGGAUAUUUAGUUUGUUUACUUCACAGUACUACAAAAGAUCAGUGCAACAGUAAUAUCGACAAUAAGAUUGCACAAGGCAAAGAAAUGCAAUUUUCUGGUUUUCAUAAAUAUCAACACAUACAUAAGAAUACCACAAAUUCAGAGCUAUCACAAGGAGGACGUGUACUUUGUUGGAUUGCGACUUGGCCAGAAAAUCAUGAAAGAAAAGCAACACACGUCAAAGCAACAUGGGGAAAACGUUGUGAUAUAUUAUUAUUCAUGAGUUCUGCUGAGGAUAAAACUUUACCAACAGUUGUAUUGCCUGUCAAUGAAGGUAGAGAUAAUUUAUGGGCUAAAACAAAAGAAGCAUUUAAAUAUUCAUAUGAAAAAUAUAAAGAUGAAGUAGACUGGUUUGUCAAAGCUGAUGAUGAUACAUAUAUGAUUGUUGAAAAUUUGAGAUACAUGCUUUCAUCAUAUGAUCCAAAAUUACCACUUUAUUUUGGCUGUCGUUUUAAGCCAUAUGUUAAACAAGGAUUUAUGACUGGUGGUGCUGGCUACGUACUUAGUAAUGAAGCAGUACGUAAAUUUGUAAAUGAAGGUUUAACUGAAAGCAAAAAUUGUCGUGGUAAUAAUAGUGGUCCUGAAGAUGUUGAAAUGGGUAAAUGUUUAGAAAGAAUUAAUGUUAAAGCAGUUGAUACACGAGAUGAAUUGGGUAGAGGUAGAUUUUUUCAAUUAGAACCGGAAAAACAUUUAAUACCAAAUAUGGAACCUAAUAAUUCAUGGUAUUGGAAAUAUGUUUUCUAUGAAACAAAACAUUGUAUUGAAUGUUGUUCAGAUAGUGCAAUAUCAUAUCAUUAUAUAACUCCAGAAAUGAUGUAUGUACUCGAAUAUUUUAUUUAUUAUUUACGCAUUUAUCCUAUUAAUCAAAGUGAAAAAAAAUUAUCAAUUAACCUCAGUGCCAUAAAUGAAAAAAACUAG